AUGAAAGCUAAUCAAAGGCAUGCAACUUCAAAGUUGAUUAGUGGUUACAUUAUCGACAAUCUUCGAGACCCAAGGUUUGAAGUUACACUAGCUUUUGUCAUGGUAGAAAUGCAAAAAUUGCAUGGACUAGACAUUGGGUAUCACAAGGCGUGGUGUGCUAUUCAACUUGCUUCCGCUUUAAUAAGAGGAACUCCUGAAGAGAAUUAUGAGUUAUUGUCUUCAUACUUGUAUAUGAUGAGAAGUAAAAACCCGGGAACAUAUACUAACAUAAAGAUAGACGACAACAAUAGGUUUCUUUAUAUGUUUUAUGCAUAUAGAUCAUCAAUAUCUGGUUGGAAUCAUUGUAGACUAGUGAUUGCUAUUGAUGCAACGUUUUUGAAGUCAAAAUUUCGUGGUGUUUUAAUAAUUUCAGUUUCAAAGGAUGCAAAUAACCAAAUUUUCUCACUAGCCUUUGGAAUAGCAGAAUCUGAAAAUAAUAAUUCCUAUGAGUGGUACUUUAGUCAGCUUCGCAAUGCAAUUAGGAGCCGUGAGAAUUUAAUUUUUUUAUCAGACAAGCAUCAAGCUAUUGCAUAUGGCAUUGCAAAGGUAUAUCUUGAAAGCCAUCAUGGGAUUUGUAUCUAUCAGUUGAAGCAGAACCUAAAGCGAAGGAAAGUGAAAAGUGAAGUCAUAAAACUUUUUCAAAGUGCUGCAAGAGUAUACAGGUGCAAAGAAUUUGAUCUAUACAUGUCAGAUAUAUCAAAAGUAGAUAAGAAGACUUAUGACUACUUGAUGGAAGAACCACCGGAAAGGUGGGCACGUUCUUGUAGACCACGAUGA